GGAGCUCGGUCGGCUGUGUCUUCAUUUUCCCGUCUUCUCCGCGGGAUCAUGGGAGACCCCCUUGACCUUGUCUUCGGAGUAGUGCUCGUGGCCAGUCCUGUGCUGGCGAUUUCUUCCUGCUCCUCGGAUGGUCGGCUAGCCUUGUACCGAUUCUGCAACCUCACCCAGGUGCCCUGGGUGCCUGGCACCACGGAGAUCCUCCUGCUAAGCUUCAACUACAUCGAGACUGUCACUGCCUCCUCAUUUCCCCUCCUGGAGCAGCUGGGGCUUCUGGAGCUCGGGACUCAGUAUACCCCCUUGCGUAUUGACAGAGAGGCCUUCCGAAACCUGCCCAAUCUUAGAGUCUUGGACCUGGGCGGGAGCCACAUGCAUUUCCUGCAUCUCGACGCUUUCCAGGGGCUGCCCCACCUGCUUGAACUUCGACUCUUCUUCUGUGCUCUCUCCGAUGCCGUAUUAAGAGACGGUUAUUUCCGAAAUCUGGAGUCUUUGACUCGCCUGGACCUGUCCAAAAAUCAGAUUCGUAGCCUUCACCUUCAUCCUUCAUUCCGGGAGUUGAAUUCCUUGAAGUCUAUCGAUUUUUCCCUCAACCAGAUACCCAUCGUAUGUGAACAGGAGCUCAAGCCCCUCCAAGGGAAGAUGCUCUCCUUCUUAAGCCUCGCCACCAAUGGCUUGUACAACAGGGUCCCCAUGGACUGGGCCAAGUGUAUGAACCCAUUCAGAGACAUGGUGCUGGAAACCCUGGAUGUUUCUCACAACGGCUGGACCGCGGAUGUCACGGGGAACUUCAGCAGGGCCAUCAAUGGGAGCCAGACCUCCUCUCUGGUUCUCGCCUACCACAUCAUGGGGGCUGGAUUUGGCUUCCGUAACAUCCGGGACCCUGACCGGAGCACAUUUGCCGGCCUGGCCAGGAGCUCAGUGGUACGUCUGGAUCUUUCACACGGCUUUAUCUUCUCUCUGAACUUUAGGCUCUUUGAGUCUCUCAGGCACUUGAAGGUCCUGAACCUCGCCCACAACAAAAUAAACAAGAUUGCAGGGGAAGCGUUUUAUGGACUCGACAGCCUGCAGGUUCUCAACAUGUCACAUAACCUUCUGGGCGAGCUUUAUAAUUCUGAUUUCCGUGGACUGCCUGAGGUAGCCUAUAUUGACCUUCAAAACAACCACAUUGGGAUCAUUCAGGACCAGACAUUCAAAUCCCUGAAAACAUUACAGACCUUGGAUCUCCGCGAUAAUGCCCUUAAAACCAUUUCUUUCAUCCCGAGCAUCCCUACUAUCUUCUUGGGCAGCAAUAAACUGGUGACCUUGCCGAACGUAAGGCUUACGGCCAACUUCAUCCACUUGUCAGAGAACAGGCUAGAAGAUCUGGACAGUCUCUACUUCCUUCUCCGGGUCCCUCACCUCCAGAUCCUCAUUCUGAAUCAAAACCGCCUUUCUUCUUGCAACCCCGCUCAUGCCCCAGCGGGGAGCCUCAGCCUGGAGAAGCUUUUCCUUGGAGGAAAUAUGUUGCAGCUGGCCUGGGAAACCGGCUUCUGCUGGGAUGUUUUUAAGGGGCUCUCCCGGCUCCAGGUCCUGUAUCUAAAUAACAACUACCUGAAUUUCCUUCCGCCAGGAGUAUUUAGCGACCUGACCGCACUGAGGGGUCUCAGCCUCAGCUCCAACAGGCUCACCGUUCUUUCUCCCGGCGACUUGCCUGCUAAUUUGGAAGUCCUGGACGUGUCCAGAAACCAGCUCCUGUCCCCUGACCCCGAUCUGUUUGCGGGCCUCAGUGUCGUGGACAUAACGUACAACAAGUUCAUCUGUGAGUGUGAACUCCGUCCCUUCAUCAGCUGGCUCAACCAGACCAACGUCACUGUGCUUGGGUCUCAUGCAGACGUCCUCUGCAUGUACCCCGCCUCGCUUGCUGGGACCUCCCUCUCCUCUGUGUCCAUGGAGGGUUGUGACGAAGAGGAAGUCUUAAAGUCCCUGAAGUUGUCCCUUUUCAUUUUAUCCAGUGUUACCGUGACUCUGUUCCUCACGGCUGUCCUCACGGUCGCCAAGUUCCGGGGGCUUUGUUUCCUCUGCUACAAGGCAGCCUGCAGACUGCUGUCCACGGACCACGCCAAGGGCAGCGGGUCUGACGUGUACAAAUACGACGCGUAUCUGUGCUUCAGCAACAAGGACUUUGAGUGGGUGCAAAACGCUUUGCUCAAGCACCUAGAUGCUCAGUACAGCGACCAAAACAGAUUCAACCUGUGCUUCGAGGAGAGAGACUUUGUCCCGGGGCAAGACCACAUCGCCAACAUCCAGGACGCCGUGUGGGGCAGCAGGAAGGUGGUCUGUCUCGUGAGCAGGCACUUCCUCCGAGACGGCUGGUGCCUCGAAGCCUUCAGUUACGCCCAGAGCCGCUGUGUGUCUGACCUCGACGGUGCCCUCAUCCUGGUGGUCGUGGGGUCCCUGUCCCAGUACCAGCUGAUGAAGCAUCAGUCUCUCAGGGGAUUCGUGCAGAAGCGGCAGUAUUUGAGGUGGCCUGAAGACCUCCAAGAUGUCGACUGGUUUCUUAAUAAACUCUCUCAGCACCUUCUAAAGAAAGAAAAGGGAACGAAGAGAGAAGGCGACAUUCAGCUGCAAACCAUAGCGAGCGUCUCCUCAUCCGCUAAUCCCAAGCCACAGACAGCUCUGCAUCUGUGCUAA